UAUUGUGCAGUGAAAGUAAAUGGUGUAGCAUGCAAGAACCCAAUGCAAGUUCAAGCAGAGGAUUUCUUCUUCAGUGGGCUGCACCUUAGGGGUAACACGUCAAACGCUGUGGGAUCAAGGGUCACCCCGGUUUUCGCAACCCAAUUACCAGGGCUAAACACUUUGGGAAUCUCAAUGGUCCGGAUUGACUACGCACCAUGGGGACUCAACCCCCCUCAUACUCACCCAAGAGCCACUGAGAUCCUAACUGUUCUUGAAGGGACCCUAGAAGUUGGGUUUGUGACAUCUAACCCUGACAACCGUUUCAUCACCAAGGUGCUAAAAAAGGGUGAUGUUUUCGUGUUCCCAGUGGGACUUGUUCAUUUCCAACGCAAUUUGGGUAACGGAUAUACAGUGGCUCUUGCUGCACUGAGCAGUCAGAACCCGGGUGCCAUAACAAUAGCAAACGCUGUUUUUGGCGCAAACCCUCCAAUUCCAGCAGAUAUUCUAGCCAAGGCAUUCCAAGUCGAUAAAAGCGUGGUGGAUAUGCUGCAAACAAAGUUCUAGACUAAAAAAGGUUACCAAAGAAACAACUUAUUAAUGUUUGUGUGAUUGUUUGGGUGCAUCUAAAGCUUACAUAUUGAAUUAUUUGUAUCUUUCUUGUUAUGUUCUGAUUCAUUGGCUUUUCUAUGAAAAGUAAGUUAAUUUAUUA